AUGCUAGCGAGCGGCGCAAUACGUGCAGCGACACGGUUCUCAAGAUCUGCCUACAGCGGCUACAACGCGGGCUGCUGCAGACACGCGUUGUAUUACAGCACUGAAAACAAAAUGAGGUACUACACCAAGAAACAUGAAUGGGUGUCAAUUGACGAAAACAUCGGAACCGUAGGAGUAUCACAUUAUGCUCAGGAUGCGUUAGGAGAAGUUGUAUUUAUACAGCUGCCUGACGUAGGCCAGGAGAUAUCAGCCGGUGACGAGAGCGGGGCCCUCGAGAGCGUGAAGGCAGCAGCUGAAGUAUACAGUCCUGUGUCGGGAACGGUGACAGAAAAGAACACAGCAUUGGAGUCUACACCUUCGUUGGUGAAUAAGUCUUGUUACGGGGAAGGUUGGCUGUUCCGCAUCAAGCUCUCAAACCGGGAUGAGGUGCAGCAUUUAAUGGACCAGCCGACUUACGACAACUAUCUCAAGGAAUCUGGCCACUGACCAUAGCCAUAGCUUGGGAUUAGACGUUGCAAUCCUAUGUAAUAAUCCCUACCAAAAGAAAAUACUAAUGUUGCGACGUCUUCAUAUAACGUGUCAGAGUAUCUUAUAUGACAAAAGUCUGUCCGAUCGCGAAUAACACGACCCAGGGAUGCUAUUUGACCUUAUCUAGUUACUAGUAAUACUGUCCCAUCAACCGGCAGUAGUAGUGGUAGUAGUAGUAGCAGUAUUUUCAGCGUAAUUUCCUACCGAA